AAGAUCAUGUACGCAUGUGCACCAAAUCCAUCGCAUGUAGAAGAAACAUUGAAUUUUGGAGAGAUUUUCAAGAAGGCGAGGCUACAAAUCCAAUUAUAAAUAUGGUGUCAUUACAACCUGUGCAGAUUUUGAAUAUGGGGGCAGAGGAGGAGAAGGCAGAGACGGCCCGUAUGUCUUCAUUCAUUGGUGCAAUUGCAAUUGGUGACCUCAUCAAGAGUACAUUAGGUCCCAAAGGAAUGGAUAAAAUUCUUCAACCAAUGGAUCCAAAUAGUGCAAUGACCGUCACCAAUGAUGGUGCAACCAUCUUAAGGUCUAUAGGUGUCGACAACCCUGCUGCAAAGAUCUUGUGUGAGAUAAGUAAAGUACAAGAUGAUGAAGUUGGAGAUGGCACUACCUCAGUUACCGUUCUGGCUUGUGAACUUCUUCGGGAAGCAGAACAGCUUGUAGAUCAAAAGAUCCAUCCGCAAACCAUUAUAGCAGGAUGGAGGAAGGCUGCAGAUGAAGCUAGGAGGGUGUUGACAGAGGCGGCACAAGACCAUGGCAAUGACCCUGAGAAAUUUAAAAUAGAUCUGAUGAAUAUUGCAAGGACGACACUUAGCUCAAAGUUGGUGUGGCAGGAUAGAGAUUUCUUCUCCCAGCUGGCAGUUGAUGCAGUGCUGAGGCUGAAGGGAAAGACUGAUCUUCAAGCUAUUCAAAUUAUUAAGAAGCUAGGGGGUAAUAUGACAGAUUCCUACCUGGAUGAGGGGUUCUUGUUAGACAAGAAGGUUGGUGUGAAUCAACCAAAGAGGAUGGAAAAUGCCAGAGUGCUGAUUGCUAAUACUUCAAUGGAUGCUGAUAAAAUUAAGGUAUUUGGUUCACGUGUGAGAGUUGACUCAACGGCAAAGGUAGCUGAAAUUGAGCUUGCGGAGAAGGAGAAGAUGAAGGAGAAGGUACAAAAGAUACUGAAACAUGAUAUCACCUGCUUCAUCAACAGGCAGUUGAUCUACAACUAUCCUGAGCAGUUGUUUGCUGAUGCUGGUGUUAUGGCUAUUGAGCAUGCAGACUUUGAAGGGGUUGAAAGACUUGCACUUGUUUUAGGUGGAGAGAUUGUCUCAACAUUUGACAACCCAGAAAAAGUUAGGAUUGGCCAAUGUGACUUGAUUGAGGAGAUUAUGAUCGGUGAAGACAAGUUGAUUAAGUUUUCAGGUGUCAAACUAGGUGAAGCUUGCACGAUUGUAAUCCGUGGGGCUACUCAACAAAUUCUUGAUGAAGUAGACCGGUCUUUACAUGAUGCUUUGUGCGUACUCUCACAGACUGUCAAGGAGACUAAGAUAGUCUAUGGCGGUGGCUGUUCUGAAAUGUUGAUGGCCAAUGCUGUGAUGAACCUAGCCUCUCAGACACCCGGCAAAGAAGCUGUUGCAAUGGAAGCCUUCGCAAGAGCUCUUCAGCAGCUUCCAAAGAUCAUUGCUGAUAAUGCUGGCUAUGACAGUGCUGAGUUAGUGGCCCAAUUGAGAGCAGCACACACACAAGGAAAAUCAACAACAGGAUUAGAUAUGAAAAUUGGAGAAAUUGGAGAUAUGAUUGAGCUGGGAAUCACAGAAUCAUUUCUUGUGAAACGUCAAAUCUUGAUCAGUGCUUCCGAGGCGGCUGAGAUGAUACUUAGGGUUGAUGACAUCAUUAAAUCGGCACCAAGGCAAAGAGGUUCUGAUCAGUGCCAUUGAUUACUGUGAUACUACAGUAUAUAUGUAACCAUUAGAAUGUGGAGACUCCUAGCUGCUAUUUCAGAAGCAUUAGUUGCCAUGUCAGCCUUGUCUAAAUGUCUUGAAAAUUUAAAGUCUUCUACGUGUAAUAAUUGACUGUAAAGCACUUCAUGGAAGUACAAUAACAUAAAAAUUAUAAUCAUACACCUGCAUUGUUAAUCAUUCCAGGUGUUGAAUUGACCAGAUAUGGCGGAAGCAUAAAAAAAUAACCAAAAAAACUAUGUCUUUGUGGUGCUUGGUAAUGUGCAAAAAUUAGAAUUGCAUAUUAGUUUCUUGUCAUCCUUAUGAACUGUUGUCAAAUUAACUUUACUGUAUUUAAAUUUACCAGGACAUUUAUUGACCAAAUGUUAACUUAAAGUGUUCUUUAAAUUUAUGACAUUCAGAGAAUCUUCUCUAGGUUUCUUUAAAUAAAAAUGCUUUUAACACAGAGCAUCUAUGUAUAAUGCAAGCUGGUGAUGAUUUGCUUACAUGCUACGAACUCUAGGGGUCAUUGAAUUCAGCACACUGUUCAAUACUAUGUUAAUUUAUAUACGAGGUACCUACUCUAUGUAUUAUUCUGUUGUCUUAAGCUACGUUCCCACUAAAGUCCAGAUCAGGUCCGGUGUCUGGACCGGAUACCGGAUAAAUCUCUGAUUGACAAAAAAUCGUGGUAAAGAAUAGGAUGAUUCACAUCAAAUUUGUACGAUUUCCAAUCUGGGAUCCAGAGAGCCAUUUAUAUCGUAAAAUUGUAAUUUUUUCCCCGUUAAACCAGUCAGCAACAAUCUUGUUUGGUUCGAACGCAGUGUUAAAAAAAUGUAACUACUCAGAUUUUUUGUCUGAGCUUCAUGUGAAAGUAACUUUAUUUUUAGGUACUGUAAUUGUAUCAAGCAUUAACUUGGAAAUAAAAAUUAGAAAUUUUUUUUAUACUUUAGUGUGUGUUUCCUGCCAAGUGGAUGGCAGGUAGCUAUAAAUGCUGUUAUCGAGUAGCAUGUUUUUGUACUGUGUGAUUCUGUUAGCAAUUUAUAGGUUACGUUGAUAGUGCGCAGAAUAAAAAAAAAAAGGCUAAAUGGAUAAGUUAAG